AGCUUCUCUCUCGUCUCCGCCACCACCGCCGCCGCUCUCCUCGGGGACUGCACCCGCAACGCCGCCGCCGUCGACGCGUGCGUAGGGGGGAAGGGGGGAGGAGAUGGGGCGAGGGCCGGUGCAGCUGCGGCGGAUCGAGAACAAGAUAAACCGGCAGGUGACCUUCUCGAAGCGGAGGAACGGGCUGCUGAAGAAGGCGCGGGAGAUCUCGGUGCUCUGCGACGCCGACGUCGCGCUCAUCGUCUUCUCCACCAAGGGGAAGCUCUACGAGUUCUCCAGCCACUCCAGUAUGGAAGGGAUCCUUGAACGUUACCAGCGUUACUCGUUUGAUGAAAAAGCCGCACUGGAUCCAAAUACUGAAGACCAGGAAAACUGGGGUGAUGAAUAUGGGAUUUUAAAGUCCAAACUGGAUGCACUUCAGAAGAGUCAAAGGCAACUCUUAGGUGAACAAUUGGACACACUAACAACGAAAGAGCUCCAGCAAUUGGAACAUCAACUAGAACAUUCUUUGAAGCAUAUAAGAUCGAAGAAGAACCAGCUUUUGUUUGAAUCAAUUUCUGAGCUUCAGAAGAAGGAGAAGUCACUUAAAAAUCAGAAUAGUGUCCUGCAAAAGCUCAUGGAGACGGAAAAGAAGAAAAUUAAUGUUGCAGCAAACACUCACCGGGAGGAACAAAAUAUAACAACAGCAAGCACAUCAUCACCAACACCAGUAGCGGCUCCAGAAUCCACCCCAACAAUAAAUGCUGGUCAAAACCAACCUAGAGGAUCUGGGGAGUCAGAAGCUCAACCGUCUCCAGCACAAGCAAGCAGCAGCAAGCUUCCACCUUGGAUGCUCCGGACUGUCAGUAACACAUGAAGAACUCUGUUGAUCUUACGUCACUCCACUCAAUGGCCAACAUGGACAUGCCUUUCCACUAAGCCAGCCACCACUGUGCAAUCCAAAUCUCGGCAUAGCCAAUAUUAAUGUAAUGUAUCUUUGUCAAAGCUUCACAGGGUGAAUCAUGCCUUGAGCUUCUUCUCCCUGUUCGAUGGGCAGUCUUUGGUCUGAGUGUCCUGUAACGAUGUUGUCGCCUGCUGCAUUUGUUUUUCUCUGAUCGAUGAGCAGUCUUUGGUCUGAGAUUCUAAUGCUGUGUAUGUUUCCCUCUGUGCUUUUGUAUGCAUUGACGAAGAUGUGGUUUAAUCGUGUCUUACCUGCUGUUGUCUUACUGUCCUGCUCUUCAGAUGUAAGAAGAAAAACGUUUUUUUUACGGAGGUAGGCAGCGUUGAGAU